AUGACGGUGAGUGACAAGAAAUUUAAUGAGAUGAUGACUCAUAACAAAAUGCUUGAGACACAAACCGAACAAGCCAACACUUUAAAGGAUUGUGCUAGCCCAUCCUCUUUGCCUUCUCAAGGAGUGGAACCUAAGAAACCCGUAUAUUCCAUCACCACUAGGAGUGGGAGAGUUCUUGAUGAGGGAGUUUCAAGGUCCAUUGAGGAGGAUAAGGUGAUGAGUGAUUUGAGAGAGGAGAAUGAGAAGGGUGUGUCUAAGAGUGUGAGUUAUGAGGAAGUGCAAGAGAAAAAGAAGAAUGUUGAAAAAGAGCAUGAGGAAGUGAGGAUACCUGAUCUACCAUACCCACAAAAAUUCUUGAGGCAUAAAAUGGAUGAGCAAUUUAAGAAGUUUCUUGACAUGCUCAAGGAAGUCCACCUUUCUAUUCCCUUCACCGAUGCAAUUACCCAAAUGCCUAGGUACUCUAAGUUCCUUAAGGAGAUUUUGGAUGGGGAGAGAGAGUGCAACGAGGUUGACUCGGUUGAAGUUGGGAAGUGUUUUAGUGCCCUCAUUCAUAAGGAGUUGCCCGAAAAGAUGGAGGAUCCGGGUAAUAUCUCUAUUCCAUGUAAGAUCAAGGAAAUGAUGUUUGAUAAUGCUCUUUGUGAUCUUGGUGCUAGUGUUAGUAUCACGCCUUAUUCCAUUUUCAAGAAACUCAAGCUAGGUAAGCUCCUUCAAUCCAAUAUAACCCUUCAAUUGGCCGAUCGAUCUAUUAAGUUUCCAAAGGGGAGAGUUGAGGAUGUUCCUCUUAAGAUAGGAGAGCUCACUAUUCCCGUUGAUUUCAUUGUGCUUGAGAUUGCGGAAGAUGACCAUAUCCCUAUAAUUUUAGGAAGACCUUUCUUAGCCACUUCGGGAGCCUUAAUAGAUGUGAAAGGAGGCCGUAUUACCUUGAGAGUUGAUGAAAAUGUAGAUGAUUUUGAUGAAUUUGGAGUGAAGAUUUGUGGAAAAUUGAUGAAAAUUGACGAUGAAGAGGAGGGUUUGAGGGCGGUUAUGGGGGAUGAGGGUGAUGGGGGUCGAUGCAAGUAA